AUGGGAAUAUUUGCAAGUAAUCGUAGAGUGUUGAAUGACUCGGCAGACGCCAAGCCCGAUGUCCUCGCGCAGUCUGGGGAAACCGAAGCACUUCCACCACACUUCAACACACAGCUUGCACCUGUCCUUGUUGUCCAGUGCUCCUCAAAUGCGCCAUUCGAGAUAAUACAACUGCUAUACCGCAAGGUAUGGUUAGCAACAUAUCCCACGGGUAGCCGAAUCGGCCUUUUCCUCGACCAUCGAUAG